AUGAAUGAAGUGUCGGUUGCUGAUUUUGAAAUUUUAAGAAAAUUAGGAUAAGGAUCUUAUUCAUCAGUUUAUAAGGUAAGAAGAAAAUCUGAUGGAUAAGAAUAUGCUAUGAAAAAAGUUUAGAUGACUGGAUUAUCAAUAAAAGAAAAAUAAAAUGCUUUGAAUGAAGUAAGAAUAUUAGCAAGUUUAUCUAAUCUUCAUAUAAUUGGAUAUAGAGAAGCAUUUAUUAAAGGUGAAACAUUAUUCUUAAUUUUGGAAUUUGCUGGUGGAGGUGAUUUGUAAUAAAAAAUAGAAUAUACUAAAAAAAAAGGUUUAGGAUUUCAUUUUGAUGAAUAAUUGAUAUGGAAUUAUUUAAUAGAAAUGUUAAUAGGAUUAAAUGAAUUACAUAAUAAUGGUAUUUAUCAUAGAGAUAUUAAAUGUGCAAAUGUAUUUUUAACAUAAGACCAUAAACAUAUAAAAUUAGGGGAUUUAAAUGUGGCUAAAAUAGUGAAAUCAAAUUAACUUGCUAAUACAAAAGCAGGUACUCCAUAUUAUGCAAGUCCUGAGGUUUGGAAAGAUGAACCAUAUGAUUAAAAAUGUGAUAUAUGGUCUCUUGGUUGUGUUAUCUAUGAAAUGGCAUAAUUAUAACCACCAUUUUUAGCAAAUGAUUUAUAUCAUUUACAAAAGAAAAUUUAAAGAGGAAUUUAUGAACCAUUAAAUUAAAGAUAUAGCAAAGAACUUAGUUAUUUAAUUUCUAGAUGUCUAUAAAUAUCUCCAAAAACAAGAGCAUCUUGUGAAGAUCUACUUAAUUUUGAAGAAAUCAAAAAGAGAUAAUAAUAUACUGAUUCUGGUUAAUUAUUAACAAAUGGUUCAAAAUUAUUAGGAACUAUAUAUUUACCAAGAAAUUAUAAAGAUAUAACAUUACCAAGACCAAGAUAUUAAACUGAUAAUAGUGAUGCUAGUUUGACUCUUAAUAAACGUCCUAGUUCGAGGGUUUAAAGGACUAAAUCAAAUAAUAUUUCAAAUGAUUCUGAUAGUCCUUCAUUUAAGAAGAUUAAAAUAAAAAAUAAAUUGUCUAAUAAUCUUAAUAUUCCAUCUUUGUAAAGAAGCAUUUCUUAAAAUAAUAGCUAACUUAAAGAGAACAUACCAAAUAAUAGUAAUAUUUAUUAAUUACUACCUCUUCAUCAUUAACAUCAUCCUAGUCAUUAAGGUUAUUAAAGUAAUAAUACAGGAUAAUGUUCACCAAGAUUAAGGAAAUAAUUAUCUUCUCCAUAAUAAUAAAAAUAAAAAUUAUAAUCAAUUUUAUAAUAAGAUUUUUAUCUACCAAGAAUAGAUCAGAAAUAAUUGAAUAAGCAUCAUAAAAUUAAUUCAAAAUGUUAUAUUUCAGAUAUCAGAAAAUUAUUGUGA